CUCGUCCUGGAUCGACUCCCUCGGUCUGAUGAACCCGGAAGUUCCUGUCUCUUCGUUAUCGUUUCUUGCGGGAAAUUCUUGAUUCGGAGUGAAACCGGAAGUCUGAAGCGGUGCACGGAUCCAACAUGGAAACCAUUUCUCUCCACAACUUCUCCGAGCGGAUCCUGGAGCAGCUGGUCCACUUCCACGUCAUGAAGCUCAGCGGGGGGUUCUUCCUGUGGGUCGGUUCCGCUCCGGUUCUGUCCAACAUGGCGGUGUCGAUGAGCGGCAAGAGUGACUCGAUGCCUUUAUCCACAUUGGUCAUGGGCGACCCGUCCAACACUGCUCCAACUUCUCUGUCACUGAGACUAGCAAAAAAGACCAAGAAGCAGGUUUUCGUGAGCUACAGUCUUCCAAUGACGGACUCCAACCUCGGCCUGUUGGUGGAGAACAGGAUCAAAAAGGAGCUGGAGCUUCACCCUGAACAUUUCUGAUCCUUCUCUGAACUUAUUUUAUACGGAACCGACGACAUUCAGGACAGAAAGAGGACGUGACCGGUCCAACUCGCUGAGAAACUGUGAUUCUACUGCAACACAAAAACCACUCACAGUCACAUUGUGUGUUCUUUUAUUGACAUAAUAAAUUAAGUGGUUCAUUAUCAAAACAUUUAGGCCUAUGGCUUUUUGUACAAAUGCAUCAUAUUAAAAAAAUAACACUUAGAAAACAUUA